AUGUACUGGGCCGGUUUGGACAGUGAUCGCAAGUUUAACAUGCCGGGAUUCUGGCCCGAUCCCGCCACCUUGAACCAGGUUCCCAAAGAACCCCACGAAAUCAAGGCAGAAGUGGCCAGAAUUCGAAGAGCAAGGUUGGAAAAGAGACAGCGACUCGAAGCCAAAGCAAGAGAGUUGGGAUUGGUGGAAGAGGAUGAAGAGGACAAACUGUAA